AUCAGCAGCAUUAGUCUGGUUGGACGCUCUCUUCGCUUUUCCCCACGAGUGACCACGGCUAGAUAGGCCGCCGGCCAGAUGUGGCGGGGGAGAGCCGGGGCUUUGCUCCGGGUGUGGGGGUUUUGGCCGACAGGGGUUCCCAGAAGGAGACCGCUAAGCUGCGAUGCUGCGUCGCAGGCGGGAAGCAAUUAUCCCCGCUGUUGGAACUGCGGCGGCCCAUGGGGCCCCGGCCGGGAGGACAGGUUCUUCUGCCCACAGUGCCGAGCGCUGCAGGCACCUGACCCCACUCGAGACUACUUCAGCCUUAUGGACUGCAACCGUUCCUUCAGAGUUGAUACUGCGAAGCUCCAGCACAGGUACCAGCAACUGCAGCGUCUUGUCCACCCAGAUUUCUUCAGCCAGAGGUCUCAGACUGAAAAGGACUUCUCAGAGAAGCAUUCGACCCUGGUGAAUGAUGCCUAUAAGACCCUCCUGGCCCCCCUGAGCAGAGGACUGUACCUUCUAAAGCUCCAUGGAAUAGAGAUUCCUGAAAGGACAGAUUAUGAAAUGGACAGGCAAUUCCUCAUGGAAAUAAUGGAAAUCAAUGAAAAACUCGCAGAAGCUGAAAGUGAAGCUGCCAUGAAAGAGAUUGAAUCCAUUGUCAAAGAUGGGGUUUCGCCAUGUUGCCCAGGCUGGCUUCAAACUCCUAGGUUCAAAGCAAUCCACCUGCCUCAGUCUCCCAAAGUGCUGGGAUUACAGCUAAACAGAAAGAAUUUACUGACAAUGUGAGCAGUGCUUUUGAACAAGGUGACUUUGAAGAAGCCAAGGAAAUUUUGACAAAGAUGAGAUACUUUUCAAAUAUAGAAGAAAAGAUCAAGUUAAAGAAGAUUCCCCUUUAAUUGUGGAUAGUUUAAAGUUUAAAAAAUAAAGUUCUUGCUGGGCACAGUGGCUCACACCUGUAA